GACUUGACAGCACUUAAUCAAUCAAUCAAGCUGAUGGCCAUUACCACAGCUUACGGAAACAAAUUUUAUAAAUCAGUCAUGCAUUGUAUGAAGAAGUACUUUAUUUCAUCUGCCCUGAACCAAUGCAAAGUACUUUCAUUGAGUGAUCUUGUGUUCUAGUUUAAAAAAAAGAAAAAGAGAACCAGCUCAAAACAAAGAACAAUAUUUAUUGCACAGACUGUAUUUGUUCAUUGCAUUUAUAUACUGCCUCAUACAAGAUCUCUGGGUGGUUUACACAUUAAAAUAUAACAAUUAAAACCUUAUAUCACAUAAAAUGAAUUAAAAUAUCAAUAAAACUUUAAAACAUUCGAUACGAAAAGCUAAUAAAACAGGCUAGGAAUUAUCUCAGGGCACACCAUUUGAGAAGUUCUUCUCAGGAAGACUAUUGCAACACCAGUAAAUGCAAGAGGGAAGAAAAGGGAUCUCUCCUUUCCAAGUUCCUUCUUCCACUUCCAGCAACUAUUGUUAUGGAGAUGUUGCUAACAAGCUGAAAAAACAGCAAGAUUGCAAUGGCUUUUCAACCUUUUGGCUUCUGUUAAGGGAAAUAAAUACCUCUCCCUGUUUGUAUAGGAGGGCUCUGUUUGAAAGAGCCGUCUGCUUUGGGAUCUAUUGUCCUCCUAGGUCCUUGUGACAUUAAGCCCCGACCUUGUCCUCACGUGCCACCUCAGGAUCCAUCCCCCCCACCCCAUGGCAUUUUCUUCCUGUCAGGUAGCAGGCCCACCCGCCCCCUCCCCUCUCAUUUGCUAACCCAGAAUAUCCUCAGGGGGCACUCAGACUGGAGGCCUCUGAAAAACUGAGCUCCGUUGCAGGAGACUCACCAACUCUGUCACAGGGUCAGCCUCUGCCUUGCACAGGCUCUGCCACCAGCCAGCCAAGAAGGGAGAAGAAGUUGUGUCUUUCCCUGCUCUGUAUGUCUUGGCAAAACAGGGUUAAGGUUGAGGACAAGAGACCAUCAAAUCGCCUUGCAAGGUCCUCUUCUAAGCAGGGUGUGUGGCCAGGGGUGAAAAUGGAGCACAGCCACCAUGCAGGCCCAGAACUGGAAGAAAGAGCAAGAGCAGGCUUCAGGAUGAUUCAUCUGGAAUGCAGUAUGGAGGAGCACCCACUGUCGGCAGCAACCCAAGGAGUCAGACAGGAACCGCUGGAGGACCCACACCAAAGCUGGGGAGUCCAGUGGCAGGAGUUCCUGGAAGUGCUGGGUUCCCCUCACUUAGGAUCAAGGGACUCACAGCCGACUCAACCAUGGAGUGAUGUCAAGGCUUUUCUGGCCUCCUUUGAGCAAGUGGCCGAAGCCUGCCAGUGGCCUAGAGACGAAUGGGCGACCAGGCUCCUGCCAGGGCUUCGUGGGGAAGCCAAGCAGGCCGUGAGCAGCCUAGAAGGCAGAGACAGAGAAGACUAUGGGAAAGUGAAGGCAACCAUCUUGCAAAGGGAUGCCAUGAACGUGGAGACACAGCGCCAACACUUCCGGCAGUUCCGCUGCCGGGAGGUUGAAGAUCCACGGAUCAUUUACAGCCAACUCCAGGAGCUUUGCCACAAGUGGUUGAAGCCAGAGAGACACACGAAGGAGCAGAUUUUGGAGUUGGUGAUCCUGGAGCAGUUCCUGGCCAUCCUGCCACCAGAAAUCCAGAGCUGGUUGCAGGAAUGUGACCCAGAGAACUGCAUGCAGAGAGUGGUCCCAGAGGAGGAUAUUCUGAUGAGCCAUCGAGAGGCUGAGAUGGGUGGGUGGCAGGAAGUGGCUGUGGGUUCCUUGGAGGUUGAGGAGGCCCCGUUGGAUGUUGCUUGGAAACCGAAUGACCUGGAGGCUGAGCAGAGGGAUAAUGAGGAUAUCGCAUUGACCACAACCAGUGGAAUAACAUCUUCAAGUCAAUCCAGUUUAGUAUUUCAUUCUGAGGGACAGGAAGUAGGUGAUGCCGGCUCCUCUGAGGAACCUGUGGAUUUUGAGUUUGUGACCCUGCCAUUGAAUGAGCCUGAAUAUACUAUGCUGAAUCCUGCUAAUACCACUAUGUACUGGGAUGUCAUGAAGGAGAACAAUUGGUCCACCAAUGCCUCAGAAGGGCUUCUGAUUCCCAAGCCUGGCAUUGCCUUCUCCCAGCAGGAACCAGAAGAAGUGAUAUUAAUCCAGAAUAAUGCGGACAAGGAGACUUUUCAAGUCAGCGACUCUGGUGUAGCCUGUGAGCCAGGGAAGCUAGUGAGGGAUGCUUCACUUCUGGAAAGUGAUGGAAUGAUGAUGAGGAACCAGGUGCGAUCAAUCUGGAAGACUCUUAGGAGGCAAGGAGAGAGUCAGAGUACAUCACCAGAAAUAGCCCCAGCAGAGGUGUCUGUGGAGGCUGAGGUUCAUGAGCAAAAACUUGAAUCCAAGAGGAAGAGGAGGCAGAAACCAGUGCAGGAACCAAAUGAGACUUUUCCACUUGCAGAAGCUCAUACAUCAUUUGCAGAAGUCACAAGGAAUUUAAGACCCCCACAUUUCCAGUCUUUCAAAAGCGAGAGGAUGUCUCGUUCAAACUCGGGACUUGCCUUAGAUAGUACAGCCCGUCAAAUUUCACAUGCAUGCCAUAUGUGUGGGAAAAACUUCCAUAAUAAAUGUCACCUCAGAAGACAUCAGAGAAUCCAUACAGGAGAAAAACCGUUCAAAUGCCCUGAGUGUGGGAAAGCUUUUGGCCGGAAUGACAAGAUGAUUCAUCAUCGAAAGGGUCAUACUGGGGCAAAACCAUAUGAAUGCUCUCUGUGUGGGAAAGCUUUCCAUCAGAGAGAUGAGCUGGUCCAACAUCGGAGAAGUCAUAAUGAGACAAAAGACGAAUGCUCCGAAAGUGAGGAACGUUUCUGUGAGAAGAAGAACCUGAGAAGACAUAAGAAAAUGCAUGACAAAAAGGGGCAGCUUGAAUGUCCCAUGUGUGGUAAAAACUUCCACUAUAAGUGUCACCUCAUAAGACAUCAGAGAAUCCAUACAGGAGAAAAACCGUUCAAAUGCCCUGAGUGUGGGGAAGCUUUUGGCCGGAAAUACAUGUUGACUAAUCAUCGAAAGGGUCAUACUGUGGCAGAACCAUAUGAAUUCUCUGUGGGUAAGAAAGCUUUCCAGUGGAGAGAUGAGCUGAUCCAACAUCGGAGAAGUCAUAAUGAGAAGAAAGAUGAAAGCUCCAAAAGUGAGAAACGUUUCUGUGAGAAAAAGAACAUGAGAAGACAUAAGAAAAUCCAUGACAAAAAGGGGCAGCUUGAAUGUCCCGUGUGUGGGAAGAGCUUCACUCAAAGAAAGCUGCUAAACAGACAUCAAGGAAUCCAUGAAGGCCGACGCUAUGCAUGUUCUCAGUGUGGGAAAUGCUUUCAUCAGAAAGCGCAAAUGAUUCGACAUGAGAAAACCCAUACAGGACAGAAACAUACAUGUUUGACAUGUGGGAAAAGCUUCAGCCGGAAAGAUACAUUGAGUAAACAUCAGAGAAUGCACACAGAGGAAAACCCUUAUGAUUAAUUCCAUGAGAGGAGAGAGAGAGAGAGAGAGAGAGAGAAAGAGAUGUUGAUUAGACAACAGGGAAUCUAUUCAGAAAAAGAUGCUGGUCAUCAUACUGUCUAACACAGCAUUUGUGCUGUGUGAAGAAGCAGCAAUACUGUGGAUGAAUUCCAGACUAACACAGCACCGGUGCUUGCCCCAGGAGGGGGUUGAAUUUCACCUAUAUCCUCUUCCCCUGAAAGCACCCUGUGUCACCUGAAAAUAUGUCCCUGAGGGCUGCUCAAUCUUCAGGGACAUAUUUUCGGGUGCCACAUAUUAUAAUAUAUCUUUGUGAACUGCAAUUCAUUUCAUCAGAUGCAUAAAGUUAUCCUCAGCUGGCAAGUAUACAUUGUAGCCUACAGUAUCACCACGGACUGAACCUUUUGCAUUUUACAACCAUUUUAAUCCAUUGAUUACAAUUUUAUUUUUUUCUCUACCCAUGUACAUAUUUGAAGAACUGCCUUCUCCCACUCACAUCUGCCCCACACGGUUAGAACUUUUAAGAAAGGCCCUCUUUUGUAUUCUUCUUCCUUUGUAGGUUGGACGGCUUCACACAAUCACCACCAAGUAUAGAGCCUGGGAAAGUGCCAGGCAAAUGCUAAUAAGCAGGAGCAUACACUGCCAGUGACAUGACAUCUGAACCUGCCCUAUGCCAGAUUCCUGAGAUUCUCCUGACUUCUGCCUGCCUUCUGUCACCAAGAUUUAAAGCUGGGCAGACAAAGUUGGGAAAAUCUGAGAAGUUUGGUGUAAUUGUGCAGGUUCAGACAUCAAGUCUGCUGGCAGCAUGUGCUCCCUUUUACCAACAUUUGCCCAGACUCUUCACUUGGUAAUGAUCAUGUGACACUGCCCAUUCACUUGCCAUCUGCUCAUGAGAAGGCCUUCUUGGUGGUUGCUCCUGCCCUGUGAAGCUCCCUCUCCCCAGGAUCCAUCUAGCUGCUGGUAUUAGGGAUUUGCACAGGACCGGUUUGGAGGCCCUUUAUAGGCCUCCGAACUGGUUCGAAAGACUUUGACUGGUUUGAAGCUGGUAAGGGAGAUCACUUUAAAGACUGGGGAGGGUGCUCUUACCACCACCACCCUGCCGCCGCAGCUGCGUUUCCCCCACCGGCGCUGUUCUAAAAAAUGGUCCUGCCAGGGUGGCAGCAUACCUCCUUGCCGCCCCGGUACAUCGCGGACCAGAAGUGGCCACUGCGUGUGCGCACAUCAUGACCUGAGUGUGACAUGCGUGUACAUAUUACAACUUGCGUGCACAUGUUACAACUUGCACGCAUGCAGC